CAAUACUAUAACAUCACAUCAGAUAUGAUGACGGAAGAGAUGUUACUAAUAGCUAAUGAGAACUUGCAGACUUGCAUAGAAAUUGAAGCAGAAGAGAAAGAACUAAAAAGUCUUAUCAAUCCCUUGCACAUUUGGCUGAAUAGGGCAUGCAGUCCUGCCUGUUAUCAUCUGAUCCCGUUAUUAACGAAUGGAGAGAUAUUUGGAAUGGAAACCGAGAUAUGCCUUCAUUUGUUUGACCGAAGUAUUUUCAAAGACAUUCUUUGGGGUAUUGUUAUGGAGACUCAAGAUUUAGCAUCCCCAGUCCUUCGUAGCGUCACUUUACAUACUGAACUGGAGGAGAUCUUCCUCGACGCCGACAUUAUCAUUUUGUUUGAUGACAUCCUGCAGGAAACGAUCCCGACACUCGAACACUGUAUCCAACAAGUAACUGAUCAAUGUAAAACAUAUGGCCCUUUGAUAGAGCAGAACGCCAAAAGCGAUGUCAAAAUUAUUGUGAUGGGGAAAACCUUUAUCAACCUUAAGUCGUUAAUGCUUAUGACAUAUGCGCCCUCUAUAAAUCCUAAAAAUAUUAUAACUCUUGCCAUGAUGUUGGAAAGUACAGCCAAAGCUAUGGUAGCACAAAAAAUGCAAAUGCACCCAGCAGGAAUAAAAAACCUCAUUGUUUGGGGGAACAUCAGUGGCAAUAGCUUCAUUGAUCUGAGUAAAACAGAGCUAUAUAGAUAUGACAGUGCCAUCUGGGGCCCACCGAGUUAUUUUCGUCCUUUGUUGGAUGUGCUAUUUGAUCGGGAAUGGAUGCAAAUUGAAUUUGUGGCUUCCCUGAGUUCGUUAACUUCUUGGGGAGCCCGUGGUUUAGGAAUGGCAUCUGCACAUACAACCUCUACUGUGCUGAGAUACUGGUACCAAGGAUCCCCUCCUGGAGAAAUGAUCUCCCUGGGGGUACUUAGUGAAGGUCAAUUUGGUCUGCCUGAGGAGAUUGUCUAUUCAAUGCCCGUAAGGUUUGAGAACGGCAGCUGGGUGAGCUGUACAGAAAUAGAAAUUAAUGAAAAAACUCAAUCUUAUCUUCUAAUCCUGGCCUGUGAUCUCAUUCGGGAAAAACAAGUUGCCUUAGGUGAAGUAGCAGAACUGAAUCCACAGAGAAGAGAAACAGAAGAUAACAUGGAGGAAGAAAUCGAAGCUGAAGAUGAUUAAGAAGCUAAAUGCAAAAUGGUUCUUUAAUGUGUAAUGAACGUUGUAUUGCUUUAUUAGUGAAUGCAGAAAAACUGCAUGAUGUAUUUCAAGAAAUAUAAUGUAAAGAAGGAACACUGUUUUACUUUGUCAAAUUUAAUUUGCAAUUUAAAGUUAUUUUGAUAUUCACUGAUGCCUGGCAUCUUCUCAAAGCUUUUCAAUUUUGACUCCCGCUGAGUUAAGCAUUCAGUCGUACCUCUUGGCAGUCAUAAUUUUUACUGAAUUGUAUUUCUAGUUUUUAUAUCACCCAGAACUAUAAAGCUGGCAAAAUGUGAAUGUGCAAAAAUAAGAGUAAAAAUGCGCCUGACCCAAACAUCUUAAAUUACGCAACUUGAAUGAACUGUGUAAAAUAUAUUUGAUUUGAAUUGAUGAAUUGAGAUUUGAGGAGGGCAAUUUGAAUUUGAUUCUAGGGCAAACCAUGACCAGUCACAACAAACAAACCACUAGCAACCUAGUUUAAUUUGGAAACAAGAUUUAGGCUUUAGCUAUCUAUAUUUAUUCUCCCAGCAUAAGAAAGAUAAGAACACGUUAUGAUUUUAUUCUCUGGUUUCUUCAUAAGUGAGUGAAGCCAGAGUCCUGGGACUGCAUAUCACACUAACAUUGGCUACAUAAACUAGGAAUGGUUUAAUUGUUUCUUGUGUAGCAUUUUGGGUUAGAUAUUCUAUAAGGUCCCUUCCAAAUCAAAUCUCAUUCUGUGAUUUUAUCGUUUUGACUAAUCCAUAUCUGCACCUCUAUUUCUCACUAAGCUAACUUUAUGAAUUUGUGUGUUGUGUGAAUGCAAUUUGUAUUACUUCUGUUAAAUAAAGUGAAGAUGGCAGCAC